UCUAGAUCCUUCAACUAAGACAGUGCAACCAUGCAUUGAAAAAUUCAUUAUUUGGUACAGCAGGUGACUAACUUUUAACAAAAGCAACAACACAUGAGAGACGUAAUUUAAUACAUAAAAUAUGUUUUUGUCUUCUUGAUCAAGAACAGAACACGAUUGAACCCAACGGACGUUCAACGUUCAAACAUGGCUUCCGCUGAACACGGUUAUGAAGAUGAAAGGUUUAACCACUCUGUAAGCGCACAUUUCCACUGUGGUAUUUGCUACAACGUAUUGAAGGAACCUGUAACUUGUCAAAGAAAUGAGCAUUACUAUUGUCGGGCUUGCAUCACUGAACACUUGAAAAAUUCGCCAACAUGUCCGACAUGCCAGGAGGGACUUUCACCAGAAACUAUAACUCAAGCACCAAGAAUCUUACGAAACUGUUUGGAUGAACUAAGUAUUCGUUGUGAUAAUUCCGAUAGAGGUUGUCAAGAGAUAGUUCAGCUAGCUCAGCUUCAAGACCAUGUUGACGUGUGUGGUUUCGCACCGGUGGUGUGCCCAAAUGAAGGCUGUCUCGUUAAAGUAAAUCGACAAGAUCUCGCAGGUCAUCAACAAGCAUUAUGCCAGUUUCGAAAGUGUUGUGAUUGUUCUGAAUUAAAGAAAGUUGUUCAUGAAAUCAAUGCGAACACAAAUGAUGUGAACAAUCAAAUGAAAGAUCUUAAGAGUUUGAAAGAUAUAAAUGAAAGCUUGGUUGCUGUUAAAGAGGAAGUAUCGAAAACAAGAGAAGACACAAACCAAGUGUUACAUCGAUUGGAAGCAUUAGAAGAGCAGGUUCGAGCUACAAAAGAGACGCAAGAAGCAAUGAAAGAAGCACAAAGUUCAAACAACAGCGGCGAAACAUACCAACCUCAAAAUAUUCUCGUGGCAGGAGGACGUAGAACUGAUUUCGGGGAGAUGAAACUCGUGGAAAUAUUUAACCUGUCAGGAAUGUCGUGGUCACCGCUACAACAAAUGAAUGAAAGUCGUGUUGGAGCCUCGGUAUUUAUGUCCAAUGGUGAAAUCACCGUCGCAGGUGGCAACACAAACCACGGUCCAACCGAAACCUUGACGAAGAUAUCUAUCAGCCAAGAUAUGAAAAGCGCAUCGUGGUCCGAGGUCGCAAUACGACUUCCAACAAUGUUAUAUGGACACACCAGUGUGCUUUAUGAUGGAACUUUAGCACAUAUCGGUGGAUGUAAUAAGAAUAAAAAUGUUUCAAAGAGCAUAUAUAGAGAAAAUGUAGUCCGGGCACCAGGAUAUGGUUUUCUACCAUACUCAAUGCCAGAUCCUAGAUGUUUCCAUGGAACUGAAGCGUUUGAUGACAAGGCUUUCAUUUUUGGAGGACAAAGCUCUGCUGAACGCAACAGUUGUCUUGAUAGCGUCAUUUCACUUGGCCUUAAAGAGAGGCAAACAAAACAAUUGGCAUCCCUACCUUACCCGGUGAGUGAAAUGGCAACUGUACGUUGGGGUGAUAACGUGAUCCUCAUUGGAGGUGCUGACCAGUAUGGCAAACCUUUAGCUACUGUUGUUAUCUACAAUAUCAAGACAGAAAGAUGGCAUAUCCUACCAUCAAUGAAUGAGAAAAGAAAGGCAUGUUCUGCAGUUGUUGUUCAGGAUAUGAUUAUUGUCAUGGGAGGACGAACACAGAACAACACUUGUCUUUGUUCUGUUGAAUGUUUCACCUUCAAGAAUUACUCGUGGCAGAAUUUUCCCGCCAUGAUUACAGCGCGUGAGCGAGCUGUAGCAGUCGCAUUCUAACUGAUUUGGAAAGCUAUGUUUUAGUACAUUGAAAAUAUAAUAUCAACAGAAAGUACGGUAUGAAUAGUUUUUGAAAUUAUUAUUAUAGUUGAAGACAAAUUAUCACAAAUAUAUUAUAUUAUAUAAGCGACAAGGCUUUCUUAAAAAUGGAAAAUACAAAGACAAAGUUUGAAAUUAGUUGGGAAAAUGCAGUUUACAUUUGUAGAAAAGUACAUCUACUGUAGUACAGUAGUUAGUAUUAUAAAUUUGAUAGUAUUUCUAUGAAUUAUGUACUUCUAUAUUUACAAGGAGGUUAUAUUACAUAUACGAUGUAGUCUUUCAUAUUAAUAACAUAGAUCUUUAAGACUUUAAUUUAAAUUAAAC